CUCUCUCUCUCUCUCUCUCCCUCUCUCAGCCUUGUAGCCCUUUCCCUCUGCGAUUCAUAUAAGUGUGACUCGAUUUCAGGGAAAGGGAAUUCGCGUGGGCUGAGAAGGAGGCCGGAGUGGACGGGCUGGGGAAGGCACCGUGAUGCCCGCAACCCCGUCCCUGAAGGUGGUCCAUGAGCUGCCUGCCUGUACCCUCUGUGCGGGGCCGCUGGAGGAUGCGGUGACCGUUCCCUGUGGACACACCUUCUGCCGGCUCUGCCUCCCCGCGCUCUCCCAGAUGGGGGCCCAGCCCUCGGGCAAGAUCCUGCUCUGCCCGCUCUGCCAAGAGGAGGAGCAGGCAGAGACUCCCAUAGCCCCUGUGCCCCUGGGCCCGCUGGGAGAGACUUACUGCGAGGAGCACGGCGAGAAGAUCUACUUCUUCUGCGAGAACGAUGCCGAGUUCCUCUGUGUGUUCUGCAGGGAGGGUCCCACGCACCAGGCGCACACCGUGGGGUUCCUGGACGAGGCCAUUCAGCCCUACCGGGAUCGUCUCAGGAGUCGAUUGGAAGCUCUGAGCAUGGAGAGAGAUGAGAUUGAGGAUGUAAAGUGUCGAGAAGACCAGAAGCUUCAAGUGCUGCUGACUCAGAUUGAAAGCAAGAAGCACCAGGUGGAAACAGCUUUUGAGAGGCUGCAGCAGGAGCUGGAGCAACAGCAGUGUCUCCUGCUGGCCAGGCUGAGGGAGCUGGAGCAGCAGAUUUGGAAGGAGAGGGAUGAAUAUAUCACAAAGGUCUCUGAGGAAGUCACCCGGCUUGGAGCCCAGGUCAAGGAGCUGGAGGAGAAGUGUCAGCAGCCAGCAAGUGAGCUUCUACAAGACGUCAGAGUCAACCAGAGCAGGUGUGAGAUGAAGACUUUUGUGAGUCCUGAGGCCAUUUCUCCUGACCUUGUCAAGAAGAUCCGUGAUUUCCACAGGAAAAUACUCACCCUCCCAGAGAUGAUGAGGGUGUUCUCAGAAAACUUGGCGCAUCAUCUGGAAAUAGAUUCAGGGGUCAUCACUCUGGACCCUCAGACCGCCAGCCGGAGCCUGGUUCUCUCGGAAGACAGGAAGUCAGUGAGGUACACCCGGCAGAAGAAGAACCUGCCAGACAGCCCCCUGCGCUUCGACGGCCUCCCGGCGGUUCUGGGCAUCCCGGGCUUCUCCUCCGGGCGCCACCGCUGGCAGGUUGACCUGCAGCUGGGCGACGGCGGCGGCUGCACGGUGGGGGUGGCCGGGGAGGGGGUGAGGAGGAAGGGGGAGAUGGGCCUCAGCGCCGAGGACGGCGUCUGGGCCGUGAUCAUCUCGCACCAGCAGUGCUGGGCCAGCACCUCCCCGGGCACCGACCUGCCGCUGAGCGAGAUCCCGCGCGGCGUGAGCGUCGCCCUGGACUACGAGGCGGGGCGGGUGACCCUCCACAACGCCCAGACCCAGGAGCCCAUCUUCACCUUCACUGCCUCUUUCUCCGGCAAAGUCUUCCCUUUCUUUGCCGUCUGGAAGAAAGGUUCCUGCCUUACGCUGAAAGGCUGAAGUGGGGCGCGCGAACGGCGGCGAAGCGGAGACGGCGGCUCCCCGGGAUCCAGCUCCGCCCCUGGCCAGCGCGC